AUGAUUGAUUUAAAACCAUUUAACUUUAACAUAGAAGCGUAUUGCUAUAAGCAUCCUUAGAAAAAGCUAGAAUUUUUUUGUUUAUCUAAUGAAAGCUCUGAAAGAUUAUUUUGCUCUAACUGUAUUUUAAAGGGACAGUUACCAUGCAAAUAAUCUGAUUUAAUUGAUAUUGAAGAGUUCCUACUAUCUUAAAAAUAGAUUUUAGAUACAAAGGGAAUACAUUCAUAUCCUGAAAUAAAUAAAUAUUUGUCUUAAAAGAAAAGAAGAGAAGUAGAAUACCAAUCAAUUAUCUAAAAUGAACUUUAAAAGUUUAGCGAAUAUGUAAAUUUAUUGCAAGAAAGAGUAAACAAUGCUUUUAAAAAUUUAAGAAAGAUAGUUGAAAAUGAGUUUGUUUAGAAAGAAAACUAAUAUAUGUAUUAAUCAAAUCAACUCAUUUAAACAAUUAAUCAAAGCUUUACAGCUUCUCUUCUUGGCAACUAUAAAUCCUUUGAAGAGCUUUUAACUUAAUUCGAUUUAACUUCUUCUUUAGGUUUAAAGGAUCUCGUUAUUGCAUUGAUAGAGGAUGAAAAGAACAGAAUGGAAUUAUAAAAUGAAGUUAAAAAGUAGUUUACAAGUGUUUAAUCGCUUGAAAAAUAGUUCAUUUAUGUUUCUGAAGAUUAACUUUCUGAAAUCGAGACUUCAAUUAAGCAAUUAGAAGAAAAGGUAGGAAAUACUCUAGCAAACAUAGUUUUAACAUUUAAUACACAAGUAAAUGACCUGGGCUUGGGAGAAGGUUCGCCAAUGAAUGUGUCUCACAUAACGGGAAAAGACCAAACUCAACAAUUCAUGCUGAAUGAAUCUGUUUUAAAUCAAUCUGUUUUAAUGAACCAAACUAUAAUUUAAAUGCAAGAAAAUGCACUAUAAACAGUAAAAAUAUCUGAUAUCAGGAAAAUUGUUUGUAGUGCUGAUUUUGUGAGUGGCCACACAAGGUAAAUUAACUCAAUAUGCACUUAUGGACCUAAUAAAGUUGCAACUGGUGGAGAAGAUAAUACCAUUCGUUUGUGGAAUUUAGAAACUAUGGAGUGCUUACUUUGUUUAAGGGGUCACACUUAAGGAGUUCGUGAUUUGAUCUCUUUACCUAAUGGAUUUUUAGUUAGUGCAAGCUAUGAUAAAUUAAUAAAAAUCUGGAAUACUUCCUAAAGUUUAAUCAAUAUGAAUUAAUCUAUUUCGAGUCCUACAAACACCCCUAAUGUUAUUCAAUAAGAUUAUAGCUCUUAAUGCUUAGUUAAAACUUUGAAAGGGCAUUUGAGUGGUGUAAUAUCCCUUUUAUACCUAAGCGGCUAAAUUCUUGCUUCUGGUAGUGCUGAUUACACAAUAAAAAUAUGGGAUUUAUAAUCUGGUGAAGCUUUAAAGACUAUUUCAGGUCAUACAGGAGACAUUUUAUGCCUUUGCCAGCCCUUUAAAAUUAUACUUCCUAAAAGAUACCCUGAAUUUGCAGAUUAAAGAUGCUUGAUUUCAGGUUCAAGUGAUAAGACAAUAAAAGUUUGGAAAUUAAAUAAAAAAAAUAAUUAGGCUGUUUAAGUUAGAAAUUUAGUAGGACACAAAGAUUAUGUUUAAACCUUAGUAAUGCUACCUGAUGAUUCCACUUUAGUUUCAGGUUCUCUUGAUAAGUCUAUAAUGCUUUGGAAUAUUCAUACAGGAUAAAAUAUAGCUAAGCUUGAUGGGCACACCUCUUUUAUUACUAAACUUAACUUAUAUUCUGAAAGAGUUAUUUUAAGUAGUUCUACAGAUGGAACUCUUAAAUUUUGGGAUGUGAACAUAAAAAGUUGUGUGCAUACAUUAGAAGGACAUCAAGGUGCUGUAAAUAACUUCUGCAUUCUUCCUGAUUAAAGCAUAUGGAGUGUAGGCUUUGAUAAGAAUGUUCAUGUAUGGGACUGA